ACCACCGACAAAACCAUGAGAAAACCUCACUUGCAAUCAAGCUCGCGUCGCUGGCGCGAUUAGCACAAUUGAUAUACUUACAUCAUGCGGUAUCAGCCGUGUCAAUCACCACCUAUCUGCUAGCCAUAUGACUUCGAGGCGCCCAUGUCGUCAGGAAGAAGCCCGCCGCAAGAUGCUGGGAAAAAUGUCGCCGGAAUUGUUGAGCCUUUUUAUACCAAUGAAGAUGUUGCCGUCUUGCACGAUAUCGUUGUCCUUGCGCAGGAACUACUGCCGAAUCUCCCAGAGCGUGAACGACUUCCAACGAACGCUCUAUUCAACGCAUACUAUGAUAUUCUUCCAAGAAUUGGGGUCAAUGCGGACCAUGACAGCCGGUAUGCUCGAAUACUUUUCAAGAUUGGGGGCUUGCGGGGCCAGGGGACGUUAUACGAGAAGUUCGAAGAGAUCCUUUCGAGAAUGGGCAUCCAGAUCGAAUUUGGUCUUGAAGACAACGAAGGGGUGUAUAGUCAGCUCGAGGAUUCAGAGACAGAACUCGGGAAUACCGCAGCUGGGGUCACUUCACAGGACGAAAAUAAUCAACCACGAGGUAGGCAAAGACGCAAUUCUGAAAGCUCGAUCUGGGACCUUGGAAACGAACCGCUUUCCCACACCAAAGAAAGACGCAAUUCAUUUUCUUCCCUUGGAAAAGAACCUCGAACCACAGCCGACACGGGUCGACAUUUCCUGCAAAAUGACAUACCCACGCAGCCAUACAAGUCGGGUCAAACAAUCAGAACAACUCAGAAAAAUGGUGAUCAGCCCAGGUCUAUCGUUGGAGCCUGGGUAGCGUCGGGGCUUGAAAAACCACGCAGAGAACGUGGUCGCUCAGUCUCAACGCAUACUAGUAUGCGAAUCCGCCGACAAUCGCAUUCGCUGGCACCUAGUGCCCAUAGCCUCACGUCGAUUUCUCGGUCAGAUGAGUUUCAGGCUCCGAGCGAGAUUACGGCUCUCACUUCGGGACUUGAACAACGGACAUCUGAUUCUUUGAAAUUGUUUAAAGGCCAUGUGUUGAACCAUGGAUCUAGUAAUUUGAUGCAAACGAAGGCCUCGCUCAUACUCCAACAUCAUCUAAGCCUCUUGGCCAAAAGACAAUUGCGUUCGUGGCGAGAUAAGGCAUUACAACUGCGGAAUGACAAUGCCAUUCUUAAUAAAUUAGCCUUGGACCACGACAGGCGUGCCCUUCUCCAUCAAGCAGUGGAUACUUGGUAUAACCGGUUCAUAGAGAGGCGGCAGAUUUUCGAAACAAAACAAUUUUUCGCUCAUCUCGAACAACGUGCGGUGGGAGCAAGAGAUGGAUAUCUGCAGCACAGAGCCUUCUCACAUUGGAGAAACUAUGCCUUCGAUGAAGUGGAGCGUACAUCGAUUGCUCGACGACACAUUUUACGAACGCGGACCUUCAAUGCUUGGCGAGAUAUUACAGCUGUCAAUGAACUCAAAGUCCGCAGGCAAGUUAGCAAAAAAUUCUUUAACAUUUGGAAGCGCCACUACGGUUUCGUCUCCUCCAAUCAUGCUACAGCUAUACAAAACUAUGAGGCCAACCUGGUUGAGAAGAUUUACAGGAAAUGGGUUCGGAAGGUCUGGGAUAUCAAAGCGACUACAUGGUGGGCAGAAAGCGCGAAAAAACGUGCUCUCUUGCAUUGGACUACUGUUGCUCGGACUAUCUCGGACCACAAACUUACUGCAGAGAAUGAAAGAUCUUUGCAGCUCGCAUGGAAUGCCUGGCGAGUCUGGAGAGCCAAAACCCAUGACCGAGUCCAACAUGACCAAGAAGCUAAAUCUUUUUACCAGUCUCGUAUCUGCUCGGUCGCGAUCAGAAAGUGGCGCCGCGAGACGCGAGUCAUCCCUGCAAAGAACACUCUACAGGCGGAUGUGAAUGUGCGACUAAUUCGAGAUACCUUUGCACUUUGGUUGCACAGAUCGCGGCAAGAACGGCAAGCAGCUGCAGUUGAUAAACUGAGAAUUGUUCGCGAGGCCUGGACUAAUUGGCGUCACAAGCUACGAUUUCAAGUGCUUCGUGCUCGCGUUAAUAGCCAUAUUGUUUUACAGUCUGUCUACAAAUGGGUUCUUGCCGAGAGGUCGAUACUAGCAAAGCGUCUGAUAAACCAGAGACUUCUCUUGAAGUGCUUGCAGGAUUGGGCCUAUAGGUGGAAGGCCUUGAGGGGGCAAAAGUGGGAUCAAGAGGAUUUGGCUCAAGCUUUUGCAAUGCAAAAGACCCGAAGUCUUACGCUUAGUCGCUGGCAUUCUCGGACCCAAACCCAACAGCAGCGUCAGGCCGUCGCCGUGAGUUUUAAUACGUCACGACUGUUAGGCGGACUACUCUCCCAAUGGCAGGAACGCACACAUCAUCUGCAGCAACUAGAGCGAUGGUCUCAUAAUGCCGAGUUCUAUUUCCUUGGUUCAAAGAGUCUGAAACGUUGGAAAGUCUCAAUAGAAUCUGCAAAACGUGAAAAGCGCAAAGCUGCCUAUGCUCAAGUCCGUCGAACGACAAAGAGGAAUUUGGCAAGGGGCGUGCUCUUUGGCUGGCGUCAUCAAGCACAAGAGAUACUGGAUCUCCGGGCUCGGGCAUUUGAUUUGAAUCAUAACAGGACAGUAAUCAUUGGCAUGGACAUCUUUGAUCGAUGGCGCGCUCGUACCGAGGACAUUCAAGAGCUAGAUUCUAUCUGUCGAGAAAAGAUUCUGCGAAAACGAUUCAUUGCAUGGAGAGAUCGGGCAUUGGCCUUCCGAGAUUUAGAAGUGGAGGCCAUCAUAAACUUCCAAGAACGAGCACAAAGUUCUGCCAUCAAGAAAUGGAGCCUGUUGGCACUUCAACUCAGAGCUCAGUCACGUUAUGCAUCCGAAAUUCGAGAAAAGAACGUCAAGAGGUCAUUCAGAAAAGCAUUUGUUUAUUGGCAACAAAGAACAGCGCAAAAAAGACCCAUUGAAAGCUCACAUCGAGAGGCUCACAGUCCGUUGGGAACCACCGCUAGAGCGGAAACUUGGUCUGAAUUGGGUGAUGCUGAGAUCGAUGAAUGGGCAAAAGGACUGGAUGAAGUCAACGCAUCUACGCCUAUUCCUGGAUAUCUGAGAACACCAUCUAAGAGAAUGGAACGGGUAACGGCUGCAGCUGCGAGGUUCUCAUCUACGACGCCGAGAGCACCCCUUCCGUCCCCAUUUGAACGACAUUUGCGCGCUCAGUACUCGGGUGGAAUGUUACCACUACUUCGAAAGGGGCCUGGGAGGAGUCACUUAGGCAUGGGGGCCGAGUUUGCAGAUAUUGCCGCGACGGGUGUGAAUGAUGACCAUGAAAUUACGUGAGAAUUGGAUUGCGGAUGGCAUGGGCUCAGCCAUCAGAUAUUGCGGGAAUAUCCAGGGGAGUUUUGGAAGAUGGCGUUUUGAUUCGUAUGGAGCGUGAAAGGAUACCCUGUUCGUUAGCAAUUCGGAGUAGAUAAAUAUUCAUGUACUCUAUUAUUCUAUCCGGGGCGGGGGACCUGGUUUACUAAGUAGGACCUACGACAGUGGACGCAAUGUUUUGGUGGUCAACUAGAGGCGGCUCUGACAAGAAAAGCGGGCUAUUGUUCUAUGUAGUAAGGCAGGCCCAGAACUUCAUGUAUCUAUACUUCAUAAUCCCAUAAGUACC